CACAACGUCAUUGGAUUGUGUUUUGACGACAGGUAAACAGACAGAUGGUAUGGCUACAUAAACACCGAGUUCAUCUAAUAAGAUAUCAGGUUUAAAAUCAAAAGGUUACCAGUAUGGCGAACUGUACAGCGUGUACAGAGUACCUCUGCUCAGACAAAGGGUUGUUAAUGCCCUUUGUAAACGAGUAUACAUGGCCAAAGGAGGCAAGGGCGACAAUCUACUUUUUGGGUUUGUUGUGGAGCUUCAUGGGCGUAUCAAUUAUUGCAGACAUUUUCAUGCAAGGGAUCGAGGCAAUAACUAGCAAAACACAAGCAGUUAAAGUCCCCGACCCGGAUUCGGAAACUGGCUAUACCGUAGUUGACAUUAAAGUGUGGAACGGUACUGUUGCGAAUUUGUCCCUCAUGGCACUGGGGUCAAGUGCACCUGAAAUUUUAUUGUCAAUUAUAGAAGUUGUGUUUAAUGAUUUUAAAGCUGGUAAGCUAGGACCAGGAACAAUUGUUGGUUCAGCAGCUUUUAAUUUAAUGUGCAUCACUGGCGUAUGCGUUUUGUCAAUUUCAGGAGGAGAAACAAAAAGAAUUAAAAAGUUCAAAGUUUUCCUAGUGACAGCCGUAUUCUCGUUAGUUGCCUAUUUAUGGCUUUUGGUCAUUUUAGUUGCAAUAACUCCCGAUUAUAUUGAUGUAUGGGAGGCAAUUGUAACGUUUUUGUUUUUUCCGUUGCUGGUAUUGGUUGCAUAUAUGGUUGAUAAAGACUUCUUUGGGAAAGGCAGUGUGCAGGAUUCUGGUCUUGAAAUGGCACUGGAUGGCGAUAACCACGUAAAAGGAGAAGAACAAAAUUUAUUGGAGAAACAGAAAGCUGACAGGCAAAUUAUACAGGAAGUGCUUAGAAGAUUGCAUAACAAGAAAGAUGUGAAAGACAAAGAUAUCGCUGUGCUUACAGCAAGACUGAUGGAAGAAAACAAAGAACAUAGCAGAGGAUGGUACCGAAUCAACGCCAUUAGAUCUCUAACCGGGGGAAGUAAACUUACUCCACAAAUGAACGAUAGGACAGAAGAGCUUCUCAGAACCUUGGUAGCUUGUGAUGAGAUGGGUUCCCAAGUUUCUUUGACAGAACUUAGUCAAGGUGGAGAAAAGGCUAUCAUAGAAUUUACUGCUCCUUCAACCUCUAUACUUGAAUGUGACAAACGAGUAAAGAUUGGUAUUGCUCGACAUGGCAAUACUAACAGAAGAGUUAGAUACAGGGUUGAAACUUUCGAUGGAACAGCCGUUGCCACAGAAGAUUACAUAGAGUUCAAACAGUCUUUGGUUUUUGAACCAGGAGAAACUAUGAAUUAUAUUGAAAUCGACAUAGUGGAUGAUGAUAUUUGGGAAGAAGAUGAAGUUUUCUUUGCCAAAAUUUCAAUAGAUCCAUCUGAACCAGGGGUUGUUGGGAGAAGGGCCAUAACUCAGAUAAUAGUUUUAAAUGAUGAUAUUAGGGACACUGUAAGAUUCCCGAAGCCAGCCUUUGUAUUCAAAGAGAGUGUUGGUACAGCUUUAAUCCCAGUAGAACGAGAAGGAGGUUGCAAGGGCAAAGUCACCGUAAAAUAUGACACCAAAGAUUUAGUAGCUGUCAAGGGUCGUGAUUACAGCAUUGAUGAAAAGCAGGAAAUUGUGUUUGAAAAGGGAGAAGUUUCCAAAAUGAUUGAGAUCUGUAUCAAUGAUGACAUGGAAUUUGAAAAGGAUGAAAAUUUUGAAGUCAGAUUGACUGGAGUAGAAGGCAAUUGUGAAAUGGACAAACGAAAAACGAGAUGUGUCGUUACUAUCGUGAAUGAUGACGAAUUUAAAGGAUUCGUCGCCAGAGUAACUGAUCUAACAAAUGCUAACUUGGACUCACUACGAAUGUCAUAUACAUCGUGGAGCAAACAAUUCCAGGAUGCAAUGAAUGUGAAUGGUGGAGACAUUGAAAAUGCAACCUUUCUUGAUUAUAUUUUGCAUUUUUUUACAUUUGGUUGGAAGGUUAUCUUCUCGUUAGUUCCACCAGCAAGUAUAUUAGGAGGAUGGUUAUGCUUUAUUUGCGCUUUAAUAGCUAUUGGAAUAUUAACUGCGAUAAUAGGAGAUUUGGCAAACAUAUUUGGGUGCCUAAUUGGUUUAAAACCUGAAGUCACAGCAAUCACGUUCGUUGCUUUAGGAACCAGCUUACCAGAUUUAUUUGCCAGUAGAGCAGCGGCAACAUUAGAACGAUCGGCUGACAAUGCAGUAGGAAAUGUGACUGGCAGUAAUGCAGUCAAUGUUUUCAUGGGUCUUGGUGUUUCUUGGUCGAUUGCUGCAAUUUAUUGGGCGGCACAGGGCAAAAACUUUGAAGUACAAGCUGGUAGUUUAGUAUUCAGUGUAGUAAUAUAUUCCAUUUGUGCUGUAGUAACAUUAGGACUUUUAAUUGUACGACGUUUUACCGGUAUCUUUGGAAAGGCGGAGCUUGGUGGUCCAACAGGUCCGAAGAUGGCAUGUGGACUAUUUCUUAUCUUCCUAUGGUUCUUUUAUGUUCUCUUGUCAUCGUUACAAAGUUAUGAACACAUUUCGGGAUUCUAAACUUUAUUUUAACAAUAUUAUUUAUAUUAAUAUUAAUUAAUAUUGUUGUAGAAUGUGAUAUUGUCUCAGAGGAUAAUGUUAUUUUAUAUUUAGUUGUUGAUUUGGUGUCCAAACUUAUACAUUUUACCCAAGUGAAAUGAAACACGAGAGCUGAAAUGUCUGAUUUUGACUUCUAAAAUAAAAUUCAAUUAUCAUUUCAUAUUGCUGAUUCCUAUGUUCUGUAAACAUCGGACCACUCGAAUCAUGUUCCAAUGAUAUAUUUUCAUGUCAUUGCGAUUAGUUAUGUUAUAGAAAACUAAGUAUUGUCUAAAAAACAAAUAAAUAUCUCUAAGCAUCUGUCCACCGGAAACAUUAAAUAACAAUCAUUUACAAUGUAAAUUUAAUAUUUAAACUAUCAAUCGUUUGAUAGAUAAAUAAAUGAUUUAUAUAGUUCAUUGUGCUUUAUGUAUUUUUCUGUAUUAUGCGAUAUUUGAUAGUGGAUUUUAAAUACAAUUGACCGACUUCAACCUCAUGACAAUAAGAACCAUAAAUCACCUUAGGUUAUAUUUUAAAUUUAAUGAAGUUAUAUGUUUUCCAAUGCACAUAUCUUUGAGUUUUCAUUAUAAUUUGUCUUUUUAGGGUUCACUUGGUCGGGUAUUGUUCCAAAUAUUAAAGGAAUUUUAAUUUGAAUUGUAACAUUGCUGCUUUAGUACUGUUCUAGUCUACAUUUGAAAAUGUUCAAAAUACAGAUAAUCAAAAACUUCCAUUAAACGUUAGCAAGUGCUAUAAUAUGUUCAGUGCUAUUCGUAUACAUUUACUACAUAUCAUAAAUAUCUCUAAAGUGAACCAAUACUUUUGUUUGAUUCUGAAUUUUGUAAAGACUUCCAAACAAAUCUAACUUCACCCUGCUUCAUCAUAUUGAAUAAAUGGACAUGCCGUUAUACGGUAUUUUGUUUAUUAUAAUUCAUUAAUAAUUAGAAGUCGAUAUACAUAUUUGACCAUGUGUUGGGUUGAUUAGAUAUAGCAUGUAUAUAAAACAAAACACAAAAAAAUAAGACACCGUGUGACUGAAAAUACUACUUAAUUCAAGCAGUUAUCACUUUUAUAUGUUAAGGCAAUUGUAUUUAUAAAAUAUUUUAUUCGUAAAUGUGUGAUCAGAAACAAAUUUUUUUUUAUAUAAAGAUAGUUCAAAUGAGCAAUUGAGUGAGCCAAAAAUAGUUUUAAUGAGCGAUUGAGUAUGCAAGAAAUAAAUCAGUAUGUUUAGUGUUAGUCAAUCACUCGUUACUUUGAUAUAAAUGUUUCCAGUUAUCAAAUUUUUUUUUUUACUUAAUUUUAAUUUAAUUUUUAAAUAAAUUUCUCGUGCAAACAUAUCUUAGAACUUUUCUUAUUUGAAUAUUUGUUUCUGCAGCUCAAUGGGUAUAAGCAUUGAAUGUUUGUAGAAGAAACGGAUGUUUAUACGGUCUUAGAGAAUUACAAUCAGGAUUCUUAUUGUAGAUGGUAAAUAGAUAUUAUACCAAAACAUUAACAUAUAGGUAUUCUAUUUAAUAUAGAAAAUGUAAUUAGAUGUCACCACAUUAAGAAAACAAUAUUGUAUGUAGUAACGAGAGUCCUUUUUUCUUUCUGUCAUUUUAUAGCAUUUGUUUUUUUCACCAAUCUAUGCUAAUAGGAAAAUUAAUUAAUAUUGCUUAUUUAAUGAAAUCUUAGAUACAUAUAUAAAAUACAUUUUUUUCAGGUUUAAAAUUCAUAUAAAUGAAAAAUUAGAAUAUUUAGAUUUGAUGUUUUUUAUUCUACCAGCAUUACUUCCAUUAUCCCUCUGCUCUUAAACGAAAUUGUACAAUUUCUGUUUUUUUUUUUAUUUCAGUUGCACGCUUUCAGAUAUACAUUUCACAUGAGGUUACAAAAUGCAACAUAUUUUAUAAAUAUAGAUUCUUACAUUGAUACCAGUGGAUUAUCGGAUUUAUCCAAUCGAGAUAGUUAAAUUAUCAAUUUUAAAGUCUGAUCCUUGGCGAGGACUUUAAAAUUUAUAAUUUAACUAUCGAGAUUGGAUAAAUCAGAUAAUUCACGAGUAACUAUGUAAGAAUGUGUUUCUCUAAUGAUUAAAAAAUACAUUUUCAUUUUUUGUUAAACCAAAACCCCCUUCGAGUGCCUUCCACAUUUCACAAAAUUGUCAAUUUCAUUAACAUCUGUUAGCAUAUUUUGAGCUGAUAAAGGUUAUGACCCUUAAAUUCAUCCAAUCAUCUUUUGAGAUCACCGGCAACCACACGUUGAUUAAAUUUUUUUUAUACAAUGAGUGCAGAAAGGUAUAAAUUGUCAAAGAAUUAGAGAAAAUAGAAUAUAAUAGUGCCAAAACCCACAAGUCACGAACAGUAUUGCAUUAUAGAUAACAUUAAUAAAUUAUAUUUUUUAAGUUGAUAUAUAAAUUUUCUGUAUUCUAUUUUCCAGUAACUUGUUUGUCUUUUACAUAUUUGUUACGAUUUAUAGAUUCCCUAUUAGUUUUAGUACACGAAACAUAUAUAUAUAUAUAUUAUAUAUAUAUAUAUAUAUAUGUUUUAACCUUGUAGAAUUUUACUUGUAGGGUUUUUUCCACAGUCCCCUUUCUAUAUAGAUGUAUAUACAUUAAUCAGAAAUCCAUGACACUGAAAACCACUAGUUAAGAGAGUGACUUUUCAUUGUUCAACUUGUGUUUAUUUGUUUUGAAUAGACUAUUUUUUAUGAUUAAAGCCAUUCUAUAAAAUUCUUGAGCACGCUUGAAAGACUUAAAGAUUGUUAGCGAUAUUUCCGUUUCUUAAAUACCAAAACACAUUUAAAUGCAAUGUAUGAUAAACAGAGAAAGGAGACUAUGGAGACAACAAAUAUCGCUCAAUGAUUGUAUCGUUAUUAAAAAUUGUUUGGAAGACUCAAAUCUGCAAUAAACUUUCAAAUAAUGGU